GUCUUAUUAACAUUAACAACCUAUUUUACUUUAAUUCAACACAAAUCAACAACUUAAUUACAAUUAAAAUCCUCCACCAAACACAAUCAUUUCUCAAAUACAAUCUGUUUUCAUUUUUUUUUCUCAUUUAUCUUAUCAAUGCAAAUUUUCUACCAAACAAAUUAAAUUAAAUUAAAUCUUCUUUCAUUCCAACAAAAUUCACCUUCAAUUUGAAUUCAUGGCUUGUAACUAUAGCCAUGGCUCUAUACAGAGAAGAUCACUGUUCAUGUUGUUGUUGUUGAGUUUAUCUUCACGGAGCUGUAACUGCUUCGGCACAUUCGGUUUGGAUAUCCAUCACAGAUUCUCGGAUCCAGUUACCGAGAUUCUAGGCAUUGAUGAUCAUGAAUUGCUGCCUCAUAAAGGAACUCCUCAAUACUACGCUGCUAUGGUUCAUAGAGAUCGCGUGUUUCACGGUCGUCGACUUGCUGGUGAUUACAACACGCCGGUUACUUUCGCCGCCGGCAAUGAAACUCAUCGGAUUGCUGCUUUCGGAUUUUUGCAUUUUGCCAAUGUUUCGGUUGGGACGCCACCUUUGUGGUUUUUGGUGGCAUUGGAUACUGGCAGUGACUUGUUCUGGUUACCUUGUAAUUGUACCAGCUGCGUGCGCGGUCUAAAGACACAAACUGGAAAGGUAAUUGAUCUUAAUGUCUAUGAGCUUGAUAAGUCGUCUACGAGGAGCAGUGUUCCAUGCAGUAGCAACUUGUGUAAACAAACACAAUGCCCUUCAUCUCGUAGCAGCUGUCGGUACGAAGUUGAGUAUCUUUCAAAUGAUACUUCAUCUUCUGGGUUCUUGAUAGAAGAUGUGUUACACUUGAUUACAGAUAAUGAUCAAACAAAAGAUGUCGACACACACAUUACUAUUGGCUGUGGCCAGGUUCAGACUGGUGUGUUUCUGAAUGGUGCAGCUCCAAAUGGUUUAUUUGGACUUGGUAUGGAAAAUCUAUCUGUUCCAAGCAUCCUAGCUCAGAAGGGGCUUAUUUCAGACUCAUUUUCAAUGUGUUUUGGAUCUGAUGGUUCUGGAAGAAUCACGUUUGGGGAUACAGGCAGCUCGGGUCAAGGAAAAACUCCAUUCAACCUCAGGGAAUCACAUCCAACAUAUAAUGUCACCAUUACACAAAUCGUUGUGGGAGGAUAUGCCACAGAUCGUGAGUUUCAUGCAAUUUUUGACUCUGGUACCUCAUUCACGUACCUAAACGACCCAGCUUAUACACUAAUUUCUGAGAAGUUUAAUUCUCUAGUCAAAGCUGUUCGACAUUCACCCCUGUCACCUGACUCCGAACUCCCCUUUGAAUAUUGUUACGACAUAAGUCCAGACCAGGCAAUUGAAGUUCCCUUUUUAAAUCUAACCAUGAAAGGUGGAGAUGAUUACUAUGUCACGGAUCCAGUAGUGCCAGUUUCUAAUGAGGUUGAAGGAAAUCUUCUUUGUUUGGGAAUACAGAAAAGUGACAAUUUGAAUAUCAUCGGACAAAACUUCAUGACUGGUUACCGUAUAGUUUUUGAUCGCGAGAACAUGAAUCUUGGUUGGAAGGAAUCAAACUGUACUGAUGAAGUGCUAUCCAAUACAAGAUCUAUAAACAAAUCUCACUCUCCUGCUGUUUCCCCUGCUAUUGCUGUGAAUCCUGUGGCUAGAUCAGAACCAUCAUCAAGCAAUACUAGCAGAUUUUCACCUAGUCAGUCAUUUAGGAUGAAGCCUACUUUUGCAUAUAUGGUGCUCCUUUUUUCACUUAUAGCCAUUUUUUAGCUUCUUUCUGGCAUUCCAUUAUGUGUGCAUUUGUUUAAAUUAAUAGGGCUUUUUAAUUUUGGUAUAGGAGAAGUAAUAUUGUUUCCUUUUUUUAAUAGCUUUAAUUGGAUCAUGGGUUUGUAAAUAACACCUAGCAAUAGCUUAUUGUGUUUUGUAAAGUACAGAAAUUCCCAUUCUCAUGUUAUAUAUUACUGUACAUUAAUAUAUUAUACGACAGUUUGUUGA